AUGUACUCACUGUGGUGGCUUUGUAGAGACAUACUUGUGGAGUACUCGAAGCAAGUAAUGAAAGUAGGAUUUUUUCUGUUCGAGUUGAUCUCUGAGGCUCUCGGGCUGAAUCCAAAUCACUUGAACGACAUAGAUUGCGCAGAAGGUCAACUAUUCUUUUGCCAUUACUAUCCACCAUGCCCGCAGCCAGAACUAACUAUGGGAGCAACCAAGCAUGCUGGUAUGGACUUCCUUACUGUGCUGCUUCAAGAUGACAUUGGUGGUCUACAAGUUCUCAUUGACAAUAAAUGGAUUGAUGUUCCCCAUCAACCUGGAGCUCUGGUGGUAAAUAUUGGAGAUCUUCUUCAGCUUAUAACGAAUGAUAGAUUCAAAAGUGUUGAGCAUCGAGUUUUGGCGAGCCAUUUGGGUCCCAGAAUAUCUAUUGCAAGCUUUUUUUGCACAGGUGUAAUUCCAACCUCAAAACUGUAUGGACCCAUUAAAGAGUUAUCAGAAAAUAACCCCCCAAAGUACAGAGAAACUAUUGUGAAGGACUAUAUUGCUUAUUUUGGUACAAAAGGCCUUGAUGGGACUAGGCUCUUGGAUCACUUCAAGCUCACCAAAACAGAAUGAUGAAGGUUGAGACUUAGUGUUACAAAUGGCUUCUAGACUAAAAAAAAUCGA